GUGAUUGUUUGGCGAAGUCCACAAGUUGAACACCGCACGUUCUGUACUCCGCUGCUGUGAGGUUGUCAGUCGUACGUGCUCCACCAUCGUAUGUCCCCUCAGGUUCGGUUGUUUUUUCGUACUUUACGUGGUCGCUGUGUCCGCGGGUGUGGGUGCUGCGUGGUGUCGUGCAAGUGUUCAGCUAUGGAAGGACGAAGAGUCAAUGGAGAGCGGGUGCAACUCCCCAAUCAUGCGAUCGAGGGCACUUCGAGCCGUGAUGGGGGCAGUCUGUUCAUGCAGCCAUCCGUGGUAUUGGGUGCUUAUGCGAGUGAAGAUGAGUUGGAGGUGGGGAAAGCAGGUGCCACGAAUGAUGACGAAGUCCGCAGCACCACCAGUGAUGGUGCGCAGGGAGGGGGGAACAGAAACGUUGUUGGCGGCCAGAGCACUGACUCGGAGGGGUAUGGGAAAGGGAAGUUGCGUACAAAGGUAUGGGAUGUCAUUGCGAACAAGAUGAUCAAAGCUCGAUGGAAUCGCACGGCGGAUGAGUGCAAGAGGAGGUGGAACAUCCUCAGGAGGUGGUACAUCAGCGUUGUCGACAACGACACAUGGAGCGGUCGCCAGAGCUAUUGGACAAUGACUCCAGCAGAGAGGAAGGCUACUGGCCUUGAUUUCAACUUCCGCAGCAUGUGGUUUGAUAUCUUACAAUCGUACAACACCAGGAACCAGGCUGUGUAUCCGGACCGAGUGGUUGACCCGGGGGUUGAGGAAGAGGUUCCUCCACCUCCUGUGAAUGAUGCAAAUGUGGAGUGGGGCCAAGAGAAUGGUGGAGUUCAGGAAAGGCAUGCAGCGCCUGGAGUGGAUGUCGGCCAGUCGUCGGAAGUGACGGGUGUGACAGGUGUGACACCGGGACACCUCCCAAUAGACGAAGGAGGAAUGUGAAUGCGAGGGAACAAAGCCUGAAUGUUGUG